CCUCGUUUCGAUUGCAGCUAUGGGUCGCCGGCCAGCCCGAUGCUAUCGCUACUGCAAGAACAAGCCCUACCCCAAGUCCCGCUUCUGUCGCGGUGUGCCUGAUCCUAAGAUCAGGAUCUUUGACCUGGGCAGGAAGAAAGCCAGGGUGGAUGAGUUCCCUCUGUGUGGUCACAUGGUCUCUGACGAGUACGAGCAGCUGUCCUCUGAAGCUCUGGAGGCAGCCCGUAUUUGUGCCAACAAGUACAUGGUGAAGACUUGUGGAAAAGAUGGUUUCCACAUCCGGGUCCGUCUGCACCCCUUCCAUGUCAUCCGUAUCAAUAAGAUGUUGUCCUGCGCUGGGGCUGACAGGCUCCAGACGGGGAUGAGGGGUGCUUUCGGUAAACCCCUGGGCACAGUGGCCCGUGUUCGAAUCGGUCAGGUGAUCAUGUCUGUCCGCACCAAGGCCAGUAACAAGGAGCACAUUAUCGAGGCUCUCCGCAGAGCCAAGUUCAAGUUCCCCGGGCGCCAGAAGAUCCACAUGUCUAAGAAAUACGGCUUCACUAAGUUCAAUGCCGUGGACUUCGAUCAAAUGAUGGCUGAAAAGCGUGUGAUUCCUGAUGGCUGUGGGGUGAAGUACAUCCCCUCGACUGGUCCUCUGGCUCGCUGGAAGAAGAUUCACGCCGUCUAGACGCCCCGACUACAGACGUUCUGGAAAAGCACAGUGGCAUCAGAGACAUGAUGGAAGAACAACUAGUCAAUAAAAGUGAAUUGUUGAAUAUAAAACUGA